AUGGUUCGUUAUUUGAGUUCUUUUUUAGAUGUAGGGAAAAUUGAUAGCAAACCACAAAUUUCGAUUACAUCUAUUUUUGCUCGAUUCAAAAAGAGUGUGUCACUUAUUCCAACACCACCGAAGCAUAUGUUACCGCCACAACAGCAGAAAAAGCCGGUUAUUCUGUUCAAUCCCGAGAACUUGUUGAUAAAGCGCUAUCCAUCCUUUCUGAACCUAAAGGUAGUGGUAAGACCGUAUUCAGACAUUUUUCUUUUUGAUUUAGCGCAGAAUUAUGAGCUCAUUUCUUAUGGCACGUUCACACCAACCGAGAGUAAAUUUAUUUACAAGCAUUUAGAUCCGUACGGCUGUAUCAAUUACAGGAUAAACACAGAUAGAGUAGAUCUGAACCGUAAUAUGGAUGAGCUGAUUGUAAUUGAGACUGAAAAUCAGCAGUGGAAUAAGAUGUACGAUGGAAACAUACUGCGAGUUGAGCAAUGGAACGGGAAAGAGGAUGAAAGACUGUUUCUUUUAGAUCAGUUCUUGUGUAACUUAUUGUAUACAGAUAAAAAGAGUUGGUUAUCAACGCUUAGAUCGUAUUUAAACGCUCCCUUUUUUCAAACUUACGAGAAGGUGCAAAGAAGACUUUUCUUUUCAAAAAACUUUUUCAGCCCAAGUUAUGACACCUUCAUAACACAGGUAAAAAAUGACAAGGUUAAGGAAUUUGAAAGGGCUAAACUGGUGAUGGACGAACAGAUACGGAAGGACAAAACAAUUUCUGAUUGGAUCAAACCAGUCUUUGGACUUAUAAGGCAAUUGGUACUUUGAGACAGUUCCACUUUAGAUGUUUAACUGCUUGUUACAACAGAGCAAUCCUAAUUUGAAUAAAUAUUUCAGUCA